CAGGGUUCCCUCACUAUGGUUCCUCUGCUGCUUCUGGAUCACGGUGUCUCUCCAGCUGAGCUGGGAAUCUGGAAUGGGAUCCUGUCGCUGGGGUUCUCCAUAUUGGGUUCUUGUGUUGGCGGAGUACUUCUCAGAAAGGGAAGGUCGGUGCAUUUGCUGUUGAGGACGCUCUUCGUUCUACGGGUCUCCGGUCUGGUGCUUCAGACUUUGCUGCUUUUUUCAUUGGGUAGAGACACCAAUAUUGUUAAAGUUUGCCUCCUCCUCACUCUGGUGAUCCAGAAUUUCCUGGCCGGUGUGAUCACUACAGCGACCUUCACCCUGAUGAUGCACUGCACACGACAGGCGCACCACAGAGUACAGGCCACGCACUAUAGUCUUCUGUCAUCGCUGGAGGUUCUGGGUAAAGUGGUCUUCAGCGCGGUCUCGGGGCUCUUGGUGGACUCUCUCGGGAUCUCUGCAUCGUUCUCCUUGUUCAUCAUUCUCUCCUUCCUGCCCCUCCUGCACCUGCAGACUAUUCCAUCUACAUUAUAUUGAGAAGAUCUUAACACUCCCCGCCCAAGACAACUCUGAUCAGUAUGAUGACAUCACCAGGAAUCUGAGCAGUAUGAUGACAUCAUCAUUAGGACUCUGAGCACUAUGAUGACAUCAUCACCAGGACUCUGAGCAGUAUGAUGACAUCAUCACCAGGACUCUGAGCAGUAUGAUGACAUCACCACCAGGACUCUGAGCAGUAUGAUGACAUCAUCACCAGGACUCUGAGCAGUAUGAUGAUAUCAUCACCAGGACUCUGAGCAGUAUGAUGACAUCAUCACCAGGACUCUGAGCAGUAUGAUGACAUCAUCACCAGGACUCUGAGCAGUAUGAUGAUAUCAUCACCAGGACUCUGAGCAGCAUGAGGACAUCAUCACCAGGACUCUGAGCAGUAUGAUGACAUCACCAUCAGGACUCUGAGCAGUAUGAUGACAUCAUCACCAGGACUCUGAGCAGUAUGAUGACAUCACCAUCAGGACUCUGAGCAGUAUGAUGACAUCACCAUCAGGACUCUGAGCAGUAUU